UGGUAAUAUCAGAAACCAGUACUAGACUUAAGCAUGAGAUGACAGGCAUUCAAAUGGAGGUGUUAAGUAGGCAGGUGGAAAUGCAAGUCUGGAUGAACAGCCUGGGUUACCACUGAACUUAUAUAUUUGGGGGUCCUCAGUGCACAGCGUCCUUAGAGUCAAGAGAUUGGGUAAUGUCACCAAAUGAGUAAGUGUGGACAGAAGGAGAAGGGGGCCAAAGGAUGAACAUGGGGGCACUCUUCUCAGAUGACUGUCAUAGUCUCUCUCCCCCUGCUUCAGUGUCACGACCACUCUCCAUCCCCACCUCCAAAAGGUCAUCUUCUCUCAGCAUCCAGCGUGACUCGGAUUAGAUAACACCAUUGUCUGAGUCUCUUCAGUGGUUUCCUGUUGCUCAUAAAGUCCAAACUCCUCACCAGGAGUAUCUGGCUCCUCCCCAUGCCUUCACCUUACUUUAUUCUUUCCUUCCUUUGUUCUCUACCGACCAGUUCCUCUAUGUAGUGCUGUUUAUUCCUCAAAUACAUGUAUCUUUCUCAUUUCAGGUCACUUGCACUAGCUGUUCCCUCAGCCUGGAGGGAGGAACCUAUCUUUGCAGGGCUGUCUCCUUUUCCUUCAAAUUUCAGUUCAAAAUACCACCUCUUCACAGAAUUUCUUCCUGUGCUCACUAGUCACUCUAACAAGUCACUCCGUAGCACUUUUUUCACGGCACUGAUAUCUGACAUUAUCUAUUUAUUCGCACAUUGACUGUGAAUCUCAGCUCCCCCAUGGCAGUGCCUGGCCGUGUUUACUAUUAUAUAUUCCCAGCGCCUCAAAGAGUGAUGCCACCUGUAGGCAUCGAUAAAUAUUUGCUGAAUAAGUGAAUGAAUGACUUACAGGAUUUUGCAUACUUUUAAGUAUCUUUUUUAGCUUCCAAAUUCAGGGAGGGAAUGCUGGGCUGCCAUUUUUCUUUGUCCAGCCUUUAUCUUUCUUUAUGUCCACUUCUUCACCAACUCCCCUGUGUCACAAAAGCCCAACAGUGCUGUAAAGAUAUUAGAAACAAUAUUUUAUUCCGAAGGCUGUGAAUCAGGGGAUUGUGUAAAGAAGUUACUCCAAUCUGAAAGCCUCGACACAGUGACGCGUUGGAAUGUGCCCAGUGACUCCAGAAGGGGACUGACUGACACUCCUCCGGAGGAGUCACGCUCGCGCCUGGAGGCUGUGAGGGCCCCAACCAGGUCCCAAACAGCAUCUGCUGCAGUGCCAUCAUGGGGGAGGUUCUGGAACAGUUCUUCAUUUUUGUAGGGCUGCUGGUGUGCCUGGUCCACCUGGUGAAAUGCGUGAGAUUCUCCAAAUGUAUUUUCCUGCACUUCUGGAAAGUUUCGCCAAGGUCUUUCUUGAAGUCCAUGGGACAGUGGGCAGUGAUCACUGGAGCAGGAGAUGGGAUUGGGAAAGCUUAUUCAUUCGAGUUAGCAAGACAGGGACUCAAUGUCGUGCUUAUCAGCCGGACACCGGAAAAACUACAGGCCAUUGCUGCGGAGAUUGAGUGGACGAUAGGAAGUAGUGUGAAGAUUAUACAAGCAGAUUUUACCAAAGAUGACAUCUAUGAGUAUAUUAAAGAAAAACUUAAAGACUUAGAAAUUGGAAUUUUAGUCAACAAUGUCGGCAUGCUUCCAAACCUUCUCCCGCGUCAUUUCCUUAACACGCCGGAUGACAUCCAGAGCCUCGUCCACUGUAACAUCACCUCGGUAGUGAAGAUGACGCAGCUGAUUCUGAAACACAUGGAAUCAAGGCGGAAAGGUCUCAUCUUGAACAUGUCUUCCGGGGCGGCCCUCUUUCCCUGGCCUCUGUACUCUACAUAUUCGGCUUCCAAGGCUUUUGUGUGCACAUUUUCCAAGGCACUGCAAGCAGAAUAUAAAGAGAAAGGAAUCAUUAUCCAGGUGCUCACCCCGUAUGCUGUUUCAACCCCGAUGACAAAGUAUCUAAAUACCAACAUGAUAACCAAGACUGCUGAUGAGUUUGUUAAAGAAUCACUGAAUUAUGUCACGAUUGGAGACGAAACCUGUGGCUGCCUCGCCCAUGAAAUCUUGGCAAGCAUUCUGAGCCUGAUCCCGUCAUGGGCCUUCUACAGCAGUGUGUUUCAGAAGGUGCUCCUGACUCGCUACAUGGACUACCUCAAGCAGAAUGCCAACAUCACAUAGUCCUGGUGGGCUGACGUGCCACCCAGCAUUGCUUUCUUCACCAAGUUCUGCACUGGCCACAGAGGACCCAGGAACAAACCAGUACCUGUCACCUCCCUGAAGCUGGAGGGCCCAUGUCACAGAUCCAGUACUUAAAAUUCAACUUUGUUUUGCAAUUUUACUCAAGUCUGGAGAUCUUUGGGAGAGCUGUGAUGUAAAAACAUGUGUUGUGCAAUGGGGUUUUAAUAGUUAGAGAAGGUGAGGGUGUCUAUAGGUAAAACUGGAAAAUUUUCUGUAUGGGAUUAUAAUAUAAUGUGGUGAGAAGAAAGCCUCUGAUUCUUUGAAUAUUGGGAACAAUUGUACCUAGUAAUCUACUUUUAUAGCUAUAUUAAAGAAUGUUUGAAAUUACUAAACUUUAUCAAGACUGCUGUAGUCCUAGGGCGCUCACUGGUUCUCAAACUGGCUUCCUCAGAGACCCAGGAAACUGUCUAGGAGAAGGGGUGGGGCAACAGCUACAUCAGGACAGUUUCUGGGGACACCUCAUUUCAGCUAAUGCAGCACCAGAUUUUUCUAUUUCAAUUUUAUUUGGGAUUCUGUGGAAGACUGUGUUUAUAAAAAUAAAAACAGAAAAUAUGUUGCUAAAAGUAGUUU